GGUCAGACAAAAUCGGUGAAAUUGUUUUGAUUCCCAAAACUUUGUGUUUCUUAUUGAAAAUGAGAUAUACGGAUAAGUUAAUCACAAAUAACGUAAUGAGAUUACGUAUUGCAUGUCAGAGAUGCUACAGCGAUAUUCUUCCGAGCAGUGAAGUGAGGAUAAUCAAACAAAACAACACAGAAACUGUUGUUAACCUCAAAGAUACAAAAUUGCCUGAAAAAGAAUCUGAAAACGUAUCUAAAGAAUUCAGAGUAAAUGAAGUAAACAUUCAAAUGAUAUCUAGGAACAUUUACGACCAAUUAUUUAAAACACCGAGCCCACCAGUGGACCCUAAAUUAAUAAAAAGUUGUCAGAACAGUUUACUGAAACAUGGUAUUAAUUUUAAAGAAUAUUCACCAUUACCAGAUGUUAAGUUAAAGUUACCUCCAUUAGAGGGUAAGGAUGUUGUGGAACACUUUUAUAAUAUUGGUGAAAGACAGUGUGCACCAUAUAGGAAUUUGCUAACAAUGCUGGCUGAGUGUAAACUACCUCCUUUGCCAAAGAAAUGGUCAAGAUCAGCUGGUUGGAGUCAGUAUGUUGGAAACAAGGUGCAGUCAGUUCCAUGCCCUCCAGCUGAUGCUUUGAUCUUUGAUGUAGAGGUCCUUAUGUCUGCUGGGAAAAGGCCUACUUUGGCAUGUGCUGUUUCUUCUGACGCCUGGUAUGGCUGGGUGAGUGAACCAUUAGCAUACGGAGAACCUCAUAAGCAAUAUGAUAAUGUGAACUAUAAAGAUCUCAUUCCCUUUGAAACUGAUGGACUGGAGCCCUGUGGAGACCUGACCAGACCAAGAGUGGUUGUUGGACAUAACGUAUCCUUUGACCGCGCCAAGAUUAAGGAGCAGUAUUGGUUAAAUAAGACAGGUGUCCGCUUUAUGGACACGAUGUCCAUGCACACGUGUGUGAGCGGUGUGACGAGCUAUCAGCGAACAGUACUCAAAUCUAAGGACAAAGAGCCGCACCCUACUGACGAUGACUGGGUUGGGAUCAGCUCGCUCAACAGUUUAACUGAGGUACACAAUCUAUACUGCGGCUCACAAAUCAACAAAGAGACUCGGGACAUUUUUGUCGAAGGCACAAUGGAUGACGUUCAUGAGAACUUCCAGAAACUGAUGAGGUAUUGCGCUGGUGACGUCACAGCUACGCACAAUGUGUUGAGAGAGCUACUGCCAUUGUUUCUAGAACGGUUUCCGCAUCCGGUGACGUUGGCGGGAAUGUUGGAACUAGGUUCAGCUUACCUUCCUGUGAAUUCAAACUGGCUUCAGUACAUAGAUUCAGCGGAAACGGUAUUUGAGGACCUAAAGCUAGAAUCGCGACAGUUGCUUUCUCAAAAAGCGGAUGAAGCUUGCCGACUUAUGGAAAACAACGCUUACAAAAAAGAUCUCUGGAUGUGGGAUCAAGAUUGGUCCACUCAAACCUUAAAAUUAAAAAAGACAAUGCCGAAAAAGAAAAAAGGUGAAGAAUCCAGUAUUUCUGAAGAAGUAACAGCCGGUGAUAAUUUUGAAAAUAGACUAGAAAUUUCGGAAAAGGAAUUUGAUGUUUUGAACGACGAAUAUAUAGAAGCCAUAGAGUAUAAACCAAAGGAGGAAUGCACAGAAAAUUUGAGCAAAAAGUUUGAAUAUUUGAAUGAGUUGGGUAAGGCCUUGCCUGUAAAGAGGCCGUAUUUAGCCGGAUAUCCGGCGUGGUAUAGGAAACUAUGUACCAAACCCGGUAAGGAUCCGGAUUGGACGCCCGGAGCAAAUAAUAUCACUACUAGUAUGCAGAUAACCCCAAAACUUCUCCGUUUGUCCUGGGAGGGCUAUCCCCUCCACUACAUCCAAGCUGAAGGCUGGGGGUUCCUCGUCCCGUGCUCUCACACUCGCGAGGAUAGUGAGGGUGAACCUCCCGUGCCUUUAGAGCAACUGCUGGAAGCUUGCCCUCUCUUUGAGUGCAAAGACGCUGAAGCCAAUAUUGAGGGGUAUAUAUUGCCGAAGACUGUGGAGGAGGACCUCGGAAGACGGGCAUAUUACGCUAGGAAGAAGGUGGAAGAACAAGCGGCUGCCAAUCAGUACCACGGUUUGGGCGUUUGGAGUGGCAUAGUGUUGCAAGGUUGCUGUCACUUCCUAAGACUCCCGCAUAAGGAUGGGCCGAAGUAUAAAGUGGGAAAUCCUUUAGCCAAGGACUUUCUGGAUAUGUUCAGUCAAAACGUUCUUACUGCGCAGGGGAAUGAAGCUGAGAAGGUACUAACAUUCGGUCGCAUGAUGUCGUACUGGCGCAACAACCGCGAGCGCAUCAUGUCGCAGCAAGUAGUGUGGCUGCCACGACAGCUGCUGCCGCGACACUUGUCGCGUGAAGUGCGACAAUACGGCGCUAUACUGCCGCAGCUAGUUGUCUGCGGGACUCUUACACGGAGAGCGAGUGAACCAACAUGGAUGACGGCAAGCAACGCGCACGUGGAGCGUGUGGGCUCGGAGCUACGGGCCAUGGUGCACGCGCCGCCGGGGUACAAGUUUGUUGGCGCCGACGUUGACUCACAGGAGUUAUGGAUAGCGGCGUUGCUCGGCGACAGUACGUUAGGUCUCUGUGGCGGCACAGCGUUCGGCUGGGCGGUCCUAGCCGGGGACAAGGCGCGCCGCACGGACCUGCACUCGCUCACGGCCCACGCCGCACAGGUUUCCCGGGAUCACGCCAAGGUUAUCAACUACGCUAGGAUUUACGGUGCGGGCCAAAACUUCGCGGAACGACUGCUAAAACAGUUCAACCCCACGAUGACGAUAUCUGAAGCGAAGAGCAAAGCCGCCAAGAUGUUUAGCACCACCAAGGGACGGCGAGUGUACACGCUCAAACAGAGGUAUAUGGAGGGGUUCAUGGAUGAAGAGCUUCAAGGACAGGUGGUUGAGAUGACUGGCUACCAAGCAAUGCGGUUAGCAAAACUCAGUGGGAAGACGCUGGACGAAAUGUUCGAGAGGCCUAAGUGGAUCGGCGGAACGGAGUCCGAUAUGUUCAACAAAUUGGAAGAAAUUGCUGAUUCAGAAGCGCCAUCAACGGCGUUCCUCUCGGGACGGCUGUCUCGCGCGUUGGAGCGCUCGGCGGCCGCAGGGCGCUGGGGCGGCACCCGCCUCAACUGGUGCGUACAGAGCGCCGCCGCUGACUUCCUGCACCUCAUGCUCGUCGCUAUGACGCACCUCGCGCCCACUGCCAGGUUUUGCCUCAGUUUCCACGACGAAGUUCGAUAUUUAGUACCUGAGGAAGAUAAAUACGAAACUGCACUAGCGCUACAGAUCACCAAUCUGCUUACUCGAGCAUUUUGUUCUCAGAGAGUCGGCAUGAAUGAUCUUCCGCUCUCCGUUGCAUUCUUCACCUCGGUAGAAGUGGACCAAGUGUUGCGGAAAGAAAGUAACAUGUCUUGCGCCACACCUUCCAACCCGCAUGGCCUAGAAAACGGCUACAACAUACCGCCUGGAGAAUCCCUCGAUAUUUUUCAUGUGUUAGAUAAAUGUAAAAAUAAAGAUAAGUAAUUAUUAGGCGAAUAA